AUGACUUUACAUUCGUGUUAUUUUGAGUACGAACACACUUCGAGUAGGGAUGAGUACAAACGUAGUGAAAAGCUUUCAAGCUAUUUAGAGGCCAUUUUCGAAAGGAGGCAAAACAGAGAAGACAUUAUUAUAACUUUGUCGUUGUUGUUACUGAGUUUGGCAACCCUUGUCUUGAGGCAUGGACGACUAAUAAACCCGCCUUCACGGUCUUUUGCAUUCAGACAAGAUUUCAACACACCGUUAAAUGACAUGGACCAUCAGCUGAAUUGUGGAGGAAGCUGGAAUCAAUGGGGUGUAAACAAUGGUCAUUGUGGUGUUUGCGGAGAUCCAUACCAAGGUCCACGUGAAAACGAGGCUGGUGGAAAAUAUGCGACAGGGACCAUUGUACGUCAUUACAAGGAAAGUCAACAAAUAAAUGUUGAAAUUGAAAUAACUGAAGCAAAUGGUGGCUGGUCAGAAUUUCGACUUUGUCCAAAUAACGAUGUACACAAAGUCGUUACACAGCAAUGUUUAGACCGGUAUCUUUUACCGACACCUAGCGGAGAAACCCGAAUAGAGCAUCAGGGUAUUGUGGGAAUAAUGAGAACACCCCUUGUUCUUCCACCCGGUCUAACCUGUACCCAGUGUGUAUUUCAAUGGAAAUCGAACACCGCACAUGAUAGCAACUGCGACCCCGUGACUCAUGAAUGUUGCAUGGGAUGUGGACCACAAGAGCAAUUCUACGGCUGCGCCGAUAUUUCGAUCGGGCACAUCUCAAACACAGGAUCUAGCUUUGAAUACUUGACUGAUACAUCUGAUUUCCUCAUUAUCGAUACAUAUAAUUUUAUUAAAGCCAAAAUGAAUCGUGCUAGUAUUGUAUUGAGAAUAAAUGCAAAGUAA